UUUUACAUCAAAAGCCUAUUCAUGUUUGGCAGAGAAUUUUACGUGUCCCCCGGCGAACAACCGAUAUUUACAUGUCAAGCGCAUGUCUUCCAUAUUGAUCCGAAGACCAAGCGUACCUGGAUAACGGCCAGUAUGAAGGCGGUCAAUGUUAGUUUCUUUUAUGAUUCUUCACGCAAUCUGUACCGCAUUAUCAGCGUUGAGGGCACAAAGGCGGUUAUUAACUCAACCAUAACACCCAAUAUGACAUUUACACAAACAUCACAGAAAUUUGGUCAAUGGAGUGAUGUAAGAGCCAAUACGGUGUAUGGCUUAGGGUUUGCCUCGGAGGCGGAACUGACAAAGUUUGUGGAAAAAUUCCAGGAGGUAAAGGAAGCCACAAAGAAUGCCUUAAAGUCGGCCAAUGGUUCUACAGCGGUAACUCCAACAACAUCGGCAAAUACAUCGCCCAUUAGUUCACGUACGGCAGCAAUACAACAAAACGACAAUGCCGCCAUGGUUGAUCCCCAUUCGGUGGAACCACCAAAUAUGUCAAAUACUAAUACUCAAAAUGCAAAUCCGGAUAGUCCAUCACACAAACUAUUAACGACUGCUGCAGACACAAAGCCAGAACAUGUGACAUCUGCUCCCUCCCCCGCUCCCAUGGUGAAUGUAAGUGCGGGUGGUGGUGGUGGCGGCGGAGGUAGUGUUGUUGGCAUGCAUACCGGUGGUGGUGCAGCAACGAGCGAACAACAGCUCAAGUAUGAAAAUGAACGUUUGAAAAUGGCUUUGGCCCAAAGUUGUGCCAAUGCAAAGAAAUGGGAAAUCGAAUUAGCCACUUUGAAAAAUAACAAUCUACGUUUGACCAGCGCCCUUCAGGAAUCAACUGCCAAUGUUGAUGAAUGGAAACGUCAGUUGCACACCUAUAAGGAGGAAAAUAUACGACUAAAACGUGAAAUUGAAUUAAUACGUUCCGGUGCACCAGUACCAAAUUCGGUUGUGGCUGCUGGAGCUGCCAGCAGUGAAUUGGUCGAAGAAUUAAGACGUGAAUUGGCCGUUCUAAAAGCACGCAAUGAAUCGUUACAAAAUGAGCUUAUGAAUCAAGAAUUGGAACUUAAAACAGCCAACAUGAAUUUAAGAGAAAAAUGCAAUGAUCAAGCUAUGACCAAAAUGAGUGAGCUGAAUGUUUUGUUCGCCAAACAUUUAUCGGAGUUAUUUGCUGUGCAAAAAGAUAUGGAAAAUGUUAUUCAUCCACCAAAAAGUACUUGAGAUACAGAUUCAGUACCAA